AUGUCCAUAGCUGAAUUGCUCUGCGGAACACCUGAAACCAACACAACGUCUUUAUUGGAAGAACAACUAACAGCUACUGAUGAAGAAGACAUUGCUGAGAGAAUCCUGGAGCCUGGUGUUGAGGCUGAAGAGCCCCAUACACUCAGAGACCAAGACAGACUGCAUUGGAAGGCAAGAAAAGUGGUUCAACUUGACCGCGCCGCCCUCCCCCAAGAGAGGUCUCCCCAAGUCUGUGCUCCUCCAGCGGGAAACCGGGGCCCAGCAAGGACCAGCAGCCACACGGGAAGGUGGGUCACCUGCAGAACCCCUGUUUCUGUUCCGACCUCCCCUCCACACCCCCGGGAUUGCAGAGGCAUCUGCAAGGCUCAGCCACUGGACACCUGA